CAACAUUCGGCCGGCAAACCCAGAGGGGGCAACGCUUUUGCCAUGGCGGCCGUGAUGGAUCUGCAGCGCCAGCUGCAGGACCACAGCGAGCAACUGGCGCAGCUGUCACAGCAGCUGCAGAACAUGGAGUCCUUACUGCGCUGCCAUGAGGACCACGGGAAGGGGGCGAAGAGCCCAACCGAGGAGGAGCGCCCUCGGAGCUGCUCCACGGACCUGGAGAUGGAGCGAGCGCGCUGGGAGACCUUGGCACACAUGUUGGAGCUGGAGGAGCACGCGCGGGCGCGUGAUGUGGCAGACCUCAAGAUGCUGCUGGAGGGUCUCAGCAAUCGCACAAAGCAAGACGUCGAGCGAGCUUCCGGCUGGGAGGCCAGCGUGUCUGCCUUGCGGGCUGAGUGCAGCGGAUGGUUCUGUGAGCUGACAGGACGGCUCAGCGCGCAAGAGGCAGCGGUGCAGAAGUUCAAGAGGCCAGAUGCUGCAAAUGCCGCCAAUGUCCCUAUGUGCGCUGAGGCGCGGCUGCCUUGCUCCCGGCCCAACAGCCGGGUGCCCCCGGUCACCGCGACCCCGCAGACUGUACCAACGCCGGCAACGCCGGCGAAGAUGGCGGCGCCGGAGGUCGGGGCCGGAGCACCAGGACGGCUGACACGAAGCCACACUGCCACCAAGGAGGCCUUUGACGAGAGCCGCUCGCAGCUGGGAGGGAGCCAAUUGCGGACCACGCAGCGGAGCUUGUCACCAGCCGCCUCACCAAUCAGCAGGAACGCCUACGCACGCCUGGGCUCCUGUGGCAAGGGCCAAAGUCUCUACGCCCGCCCGGAGGAGGUCCGCACGCCGAUGCCACCUAUGCCGGCAGUAGCUGUGCCGAAGAUUUGCUGCAUGUCUCGUGAAGGCACCAAGGAGGAAGUCGUGCGACCGGAGCCCCCGCGCAUCAUGCAGGCCGCCAGGAUGGUGGCGGCUUCGCCGCCCAUGACGUGCCGAACGGUGCGGACACCGGUGAAGGGCGCACAGGAUGUGUCCGCCUAUGUGCCAACAUCAUCACCUGUGUCGCGCAUGCGCUACGUGUCUCCAGCCUUUACGCGGCCAAUGCAGGAGUCCGAACUCAUCCUGCCCCAGAGCAGCGUACGGGGUAUUUGAGGAUGAACCCGCUCCUGCGGAGGGGUGAGGCGGUGCAUGCAGCGCGCCAUGCGGCUCGCGUUGCCUUGGUCCCAAAGGUUGGGCCCAA